UGACAACCCCAAGAUAGACUUAAACCCUGGGAUUCCCCUUCUGGGGGUAAUCACCCAAGGAGGCGCGCCUGGCCGGGAAGUCGGCCAUCGGCUGCGACUUGUCACCCCUCGCCGCCUUUGUGGCCGCGCAGCACGCAGAUGUGGAGGAGGUGGAUCUUGACAGGCUGGUGGCAGCGGCCCGCCAGCUAGCCACUGCGCAUCUGGACUUCCAGAGCCUCAAGGCUGGGCUGCUGGAGGUCAAGGACAAGGCCCUCCGGCGGGCCUUACGCUUCUGCUUGCUGGUGGCUUCCCAGGACGGGCCCAACUCGGCCGAGCGCUUCCUCAGCAGCUCCCAGCUCUUUGCAGCGCGGCUCCGCCGCCUCCGGGCCGCGGCGGCCGCGGCGGCCGCGGCGGCGUCGGCGGCUUCGGUGGUGCGGGGCGACAACCGGGACCUUUUGCUUGCAGAGCCCGUGGACGCCGUCAUUACCAGCCCGCCCUACCCUGGGGUUUACAACUACAUGGCCGCCGCUGCGUCAGCUGCUUCUGCCUUGGGCUUUAGGGCCGAGCAAGCUAGCGCAGAGAUCGGGUGCCGAGUCGGCUGGCGCAAGGAGAGCUUUCAAGACUUUGCGGCAGCUUGGCAGCUGGAGCAAGAGCAAUGGCUACAGGCGGCUUUCAAGAACCUGGCCCCGGGAGGCACUGCUACCCUCAUGAUCGGCGACGGGGACCGGGACAGCCCUGGUGAUGGGGCCUUCGAUUGCCUCAGCUCCACGGUGGAUGCAGCGAAGAGCUGCGGCUUCGAGCUCUUGGCCACGGCGAGCAUCCGUGCCACAGGCAAAAGCGAGCAACGCAUGCGGGGCAUGCGGCGCACUGAGCACAUGGUGCACCUGCGGAAGCCCGCGUUGACUCAACCCACCCGCAGCAUCCGACGGAUGAAGCACCAGCAGCUCUUGCAACGAACGCAGACCGAGCAGAACAAAGAAGUGGCCUUUCUGGCCUUUGGGCCAGGGAAAAUGGACCCCGCGGCGACGCCGCGGCUGGAUGCCCGGACCUCGAUCGAGGGCCACACUGACUGGGUCACCAGCCUCAGCGUGAACGCGCCCCUCGGUGCUCAACGAGGGAGGCUGCUUUUGUCCGGCUCCAAGGAUCAAACUUUGCGGCUGUGGGAGGAGGACCCGGAUCCAUCCCAAGACAUCUACAAGUGCUCCCAGGUGAUAUCUGGCCACAGCGAUGUGGUGUCCGGUUGCGAGCUCUCCUUUCAGAAAGACCAGGGCAUCUUUGCCCUGUCCUGCUCCUGCGAUCAGAGCUGGUGCCUUUGGCACCUGUCGAGCAAGGAUGAGAAGCUGAUGCAGCAGCAGAAGCGGGAUUGCCAGGUCAACGCAGUGUGUGGGUCCCCGGACUUGCGGCAGAUCUUCACCGCGAGUAACAAGCAGGUGGACCUUUGGACCAAUCUGGAGCAGCUCGAGCACACGGCCGCCUUCUGUGAGAAAUUCAAGGAUAACGUGUCCGCGGUGGUUUGGGUGCCCUUGGACAAGGAGACCAAGAUUGCGGCUGUGUCCUGGGACGGGAGCAUUAAGGUCUGGAACGUCAGCGACAUGAAGCUGCACUGGGAACAGAAGCACCACAGAGGUGCCUUGCAUGCCGUGGCGGCUUCUCCGGACGGCAGCUUGAUCUUUGCCGGGGGCGACGAUGGCAUGGUCUCCAUUUGGGAAACCGCGACCGGAAAGCACUUCCGGGACUACUAUGCUGCCAGCACGAUCUAUGGCCUGGAUGUGAACCCGGCGAGAUAUUGGGUAGCACUGGCUACCAGCAACUCCGUCCGGAUCCUUAACUUGGAGGAGGAGUCGAUUCCGCCCUGCACCUUCGAGCCCGAGCACCCUUUGCCGGAGUCCAUCCCCUGGGCGCUUUGCCUCAAGUGGCGCCAAGACGGCGAGCGCCUUUUUGCGGGCCAUUCCGACGGCACCAUCUCCUUUUACGACGUCGUGAUGCAUUGA